AUGGACAAUAUUAUUUCUAUCGAUACGUCCGUAGCACCCGUCAAGUACUGUAGAAAUAAAGAAAGAUUAAUAACAUCCGAAGAAAGCGAUGAAUAUCUACUUAUCAGUGCCGAACUCGACACGAUCGUUGUGAUGGAGUGUCGAUUUUGCAACGACAAAGAGGAGAGACAAUCAAAAAUUUGGUACUACCAAGAUAGAUAUAGAAAAAAUCCUAAGAAAGAAGUAGAAUUAGGGAUGGAUAACAAUUCGUCAUACAACAGAGUUUAUACGACUCUUGAGCUUUCUCUGGUAAUAAAAAAUUUGAUGAUCACAGAUGCUGGUAUUUAUUUGUGUCACGGGGAAGAAGGACAGGAGGUUGAAAAUAAAUUCAACUACAGAAUUGAACCAAUUUUUAAAGAGCAUGGAGUGUCGUAUACGGAACAAGGAAAUAUAACUGAUUGGGAGAAAUAUCGUCAAAUAUAUUUGGCAUCCGUUACCACGCGACUUGCUGUUUCACAAAUGUCUGAAUUGGCUGAAAUUCGCGAGGCCGGUGUAAAGCUACAGGUAUAUUCUGAAUGGGGACCAUGGGGUCCGUGCGAACACUGCAUACAUAACCGUGGAUAUAAGACAAGUACUGGAACUUGUCGAUUGAAACGAGAUAUAGAUAUGGCGAUUGCUAACAGAAGUGAUUCGUCGAUAGUUAAAUUUUUUCGAAAAACCCCUUCGUUGCCUUGCAAAUCAAUUUUAUUGGACGAAGAAUUUCCUGGCAUCAGCAGCGCGGUUCGCCAUUUGCCAAACUUCAUAUUAAAGGAAACGUGCAAGAAAUGUCCGCGAGAGAAGAAGAAAAAGGGUCGAAAGUUUAGAUACUUUAAGCGAUUUGUACUAGCUGAAGGAGCAUAUCUUACCGUCAUUUGUCCAGAGUCGACCAUCGAUACGCAAGUAUCGUGGAAAAAGGAUUCGAUUACAUUGGAAAAAGGUGUACAGCGAUCUUUUCGUAAAUUAGAUCCAGAGGCUCGCGUUAUAGUAGACGCGUUUGGAACGCUUUAUCUGAUAGAUGUUUCUACCCACGAAGAAGGGAACUACACGUGCUACGUCGAUACCAUUAACAUGAUGCAAUUAAAAGUUAUCGUUAUUCCUAAAACUAGACUGUUAACCCGGGAAUUUCUGCGUCAUUUGGGAUAUCUGGGAUUUAUAUUCCUGCUUUGCACAAUUUGCUAUUGCAAUGGCUUGAUUUACACGUUUAGGCAUAGAGAAAAAUUUAAGGUAAUGGACCCGGAAAAUGUCACAACCAACCAGGAAGACGAAGUACCGUUGAUUAGUCGAGUUUCAUGAUUCAAAAAGUGACUAACUCCAUUGCUAUGCGGCGACGACCUUAAAAACAUCCAGGUGAAAGGAGGCAUUGGUAGGGACAACCGCAUAGUGUA